AUGCAGCGUCAACCGAUUGCUCACCCUCCCCCCUUUGGAACCACAGGAGCACCCCGCGGAGGUCGAGGCGGAGGACGAGGGGGUCUCGGCGCAAAGAAGGGUGGAGCACCCAAGGUCAUCCUCGAACCCCAUCGUCACCCCGGUGUCUUUGUCGCAAAGGUAACCAGAAGCUACACCAGAGUGGAAGCUCCUUCUCGUUGUUCACGCGCUGACCUCCCUCCCCGCCCUCCACUCUCAGGGCAAGGAACAUUUGCUCGUGACCCGCAACCUCGUCCCCGGCGAGUCCGUCUACGGAGAGAAGCGAAUCGCGAUCGAGUCGGCUUCGACCAACCCCGAUCUACCGGCAGAGAAGGUCGAGUACCGCGUCUGGAACCCUUUCCGAUCCAAGUUGGCCGCCGGUAUCCUCGGUGGUCUCGACGACAUCCACAUCGCCCCCGGCAAGAAGGUUCUUUACCUCGGUGCCGCUUCGGGCACAUCCGUCUCGCAUGUCGCUGAUGUUGUUGGGCCGGAGGGGACCGUUUACGCCGUCGAGUUCUCGCACCGAUCGGGCCGUGAUUUGAUCAACAUGGCCAAGAAGCGAACCAACGUCAUCCCCAUCAUUGAGGAUGCCCGUCACCCCAACAAGUACCGCAUGCUCAUGUCCAUGGUCGAUGUUAUGUGAGUCAUCCACCAGCGUCGACAAAGCCUCGCGAACUUUCACUGAAUAUACAUCCUCGAAUCCAUUCGCCACAGCUUCGCCGAUGUCGCCCAACCGGAUCAGGCCCGUAUCGUCGCCCUCAACGCGCACCACUUCCUCAAGAACGAGGGCCACGUCGUCAUCUCCAUCAAGGCAACUUGCAUUGACUCGACCGCCCCUGCAGAGGUCGUCUUCGCGUCCGAGGUCAAGAAGAUGCAGCAAGAGAUGUUGAAGCCCCACGAACAACUGACCCUCGGUGCGUUCUAACCGCCCCACCCGGACGAGACCUGUCGACAAAUGCUGAUCAUCCUUCUCCGUCGCUGCUCUAUUUGCUUACAGAACCGUACGAACGUGACCACGCAAUGGUGAGCUAUACAUUUCAACUCGUCCUAUUGGCGGGUCUUGUCCCGAUGCUAAUCUUCUGCACCUCCGUUCCUCCUCAGGUCGUCGCUUCUUACCAACGACACAAGUGA